AUGGGUAUACUACUUUGUUGUUUUCGAAUUCCGGAGCAUGUUGGUGAAUCUCGAAACGUACCAAGAAUCAGAGGCUUCACUAACCCAAUAACGAAUAACUUUUCCCCCAAGUUUGAGCAGCUAUUUCAAAGCCUAGAAAGAGGAGAAAUCUCCUAUGUCGCUGACGAAGAAGACGUUUGCCCGACAUGUUUCUAUGAGUACAUAGAGGAGAACCCAAAGAUAGUGUUGCAAUGUGGACAUAUAUUUCACCUGGCAUGCAUCUAUGAAUGGAUGGAGAGAAGUGAAUCUUGUCCCUUUUGUUCCAAGACAAUGAUUUUCUUGAAGGCUGACGAAAUUACAGAGCAUGUGGAGUAACUAACGAUAAGAGAUAUAUAUAUCCUCAGGUGGGAGCAAAGAGGACAAAUUGAGUAGUAUUCUUGU